AUGCUGCGCCAGGAUGUGCUGACAGUCACACCAUGGCUGGUCCCCAUCAUCUGGGAAGGGACCUUUGAUGCUGAGAUCCUGGACAGUGCCUGCAGACCCCUGAACCUCACCAUGGGGGUGGCAGCCUUUGCUGUGGGGAAGCAGGGGCAGCACCCAGUGGGCGCUCAGCAUCACCCCUUUGCUCUAUCACCCCUGCCCUUGCAGAAGGGUGCAGCAAGGCCCUCCCUGUCCCUGCUGUGCCCCACGGGCUGUGUGUGCUCAGGUAUUUUGGCUACGGAGGGGCCAUGUUUGGAGAAAGUCUGUGAGUAUCUGCAGAGGAAUCCAGUAAUUCCUGGAUUACUGUGCAGAUACUCACAGUGGAGAAAGUCUGUGAGUUCACCAAGAUGUGCCACAAUGCCCGUCCUGGCAGCCUGGCAGCAGGAGAGUCACCCCAACAGGCACUUUGUGUCCCACAAACCCUCCAAGCUGCUUUCUCCAGAGCAAAUAUGGGGUGACAGGAAGCCAAAGCCGCCCAAAUCCAUCUCGUAUGUUUUUCCACGUGAAUAA